AGAUGGCGGACGAUCCCAGCGCUGCCGACAGGAACGUGGAGAUCUGGAAGAUCAAGAAGCUCAUCAAGAGCCUCGAGGCGGCGCGCGGCAAUGGCACCAGCAUGAUAUCCUUGAUCAUUCCCCCCAAAGACCAGAUUUCCCGAGUGGCAAAAAUGUUAGCUGAUGAGUUUGGCACAGCAUCAAAUAUUAAAUCUCGAGUGAAUCGUCUUUCAGUCCUUGGCGCCAUUACUUCUGUACAGCAACGGCUAAAACUAUAUAACAAAGUACCUCCAAAUGGUCUGGUUGUUUACUGUGGAACAAUUGUGACAGAAGAAGGAAAGGAGAAGAAAGUGAACAUUGACUUUGAACCUUUCAAACCAAUAAAUACAUCAUUGUAUUUGUGUGAUAAUAAAUUUCAUACAGAGGCCCUAACAGCACUAUUGUCAGAUGAUAGCAAAUUCGGCUUCAUUGUAAUAGAUGGUAGUGGUGCACUUUUUGGAACGCUUCAAGGAAACACCAGAGAGGUGCUGCACAAAUUCACAGUGGAUCUUCCAAAGAAGCACGGGAGAGGAGGCCAGUCUGCCUUGCGUUUUGCUCGUUUGAGAAUGGAAAAACGUCACAACUAUGUAAGGAAAGUAGCAGAAACUGCUGUGCAGCUGUUUAUUUCUGGUGACAAAGUGAAUGUGGCUGGUCUUGUGUUAGCUGGGUCAGCUGAUUUCAAAACUGAAUUAAGUCAAUCAGAUAUGUUUGAUCAGAGGUUGCAGUCCAAAGUAUUAAAGCUAGUUGACAUCUCAUAUGGUGGUGAAAAUGGAUUCAAUCAAGCAAUUGAAUUGUCCACUGAGGUCCUGUCUAAUGUGAAAUUCAUUCAAGAAAAGAAGCUAAUAGGGCGAUACUUUGACGAAAUCAGUCAGGACACAGGAAAAUACUGUUUUGGGGUUGAAGAUACUCUAAAAGCCUUAGAAAUGGGAGCAGUAGAAAUCCUGAUAGUUUAUGAGAACCUGGAUAUAAUGAGAUAUGUACUUCAUUGCCAAGGCACGGAAGAAGAGAAGAUUCUCUAUUUGACACCAGAACAAGAAAAAGAUAAAUCCCACUUCACAGAUAAAGAGACGGGACAGGAGCACGAACUAAUAGAAAGCAUGCCUCUGCUUGAGUGGUUUGCAAACAACUACAAGAAAUUUGGAGCCACGUUGGAAAUUGUGACAGACAAGUCGCAGGAAGGAUCCCAGUUUGUGAAAGGAUUUGGAGGGAUUGGAGGUAUCUUGCGGUACCGAGUGGACUUCCAGGGAAUGGAAUACCAAGGAGGAGAUGAUGAAUUUUUUGACCUUGAUGACUACUAGGUAGUCGGCCUGGGUCUGGCAAAUGUGCCUCACCCCUCCAGCAUCCAACCCAAGGAGAAAACUCAUGAUGGAAAACAAAACAGAUCCCUGCCUUAGAAUUGGAGUAUUUCCAGAACUUUAUCCAGAACAUCGGUUUUCAAAAAAAGAAAGAGAAAGAAAGCAAACCCUACUGAUUUGUCAUAGUGUCAGUACAGCAGCACUCUACUAGAUUUCUAUAAUGCCAUUUGGACUAAUUAAAAAAAGAAUCCCAGUUUUUACUUUUACUUAAUGGUGAAAUUGGUUGCUCUUGUAUUUUAUGAAAAUGAUUUUUUUAACCUUCAGCUACAUUAACUGCUCUCAACCUUCAUUUGAAACAAAGUAAUUAUACUGGUUUGUUUCUUACUUUGAUAGGAGGAAAUUUAUUGCUGCUUUUUGCAGUGAUACGACCCAUUUACAUGGCGUUCUUGGCUUAGACUGCAGAAGAACCAUCUUAGCGAGACCUUGUUCCUAUUGUUCCCAGUCUACAGUGGUGGAAGUAAAAGGAAUUAAACUCUCUGCUGUGCCAGCUUUGAAAGGUGUGACUUUAAAAUUGGGAGGUCCACCUGUUUCAUUCUUAGACUGCAAAAACACUGUUUGUAUAAAUCAGGAAGUGUGUUUCAUUAAAGAAAAUUGGAAGUGCCAGGGUCUCAGCAGGCUUAACCGGGAUUAUGAGUUGUGUGGCCUUCACUUUUCCCUUUUGUCAGUCAAUAAACAGUUUCCACAAGCAAGCUAA